ACGGUCACGUCGUACCUUUGCUCUCUGCUCUCACCUCAUAACAAAUUAUUCGUUGUCAAAAUAAUCCUAUAUGUUCCGCCGCCAGAGCAUAUUCAGCAGAAGCUGUCUCCAUCUCCUCCGUCACCAAAGAUCGUUCCAUUUCACAGCAAGCGCUCGCAGUGCCGUCAGCGCCGCCAUGGUAGAUACGGCAAAUACGUCGGGCAUCACUUCUGCAUCUCUCAAAGACACGCUGAUUGCCAAGCUAGACGCUCAACAUGUGGAAAUUGAAGAUAUGUCUGGAGGCUGCGGCCAAGCCUUCCAGGCAAUUAUAGUUUCUCCGCAAUUCGAUAAGAAAAACAUGCUGGCGAGACACCGGCUUGUCAAUUCCGUGCUCAAAGCGGAAAUUGCGGCUAUCCAUGCCUGGACACCCAAAUGCUACACACCAGAACAGUGGGAGAAUGCACAGAAGGGACAAUCUUAGUUUGAACAGAGAUGCUCGAUUGAGGGGGAUAUAAAUCUAUGCUGAGCCAGAACAGCUGCACGCAUUUCGACCACGGGAGUGCUGGAACUACAUCUAGAUAGCAUUUACCCUUCCGCCACUUUUGGAUUUUAUUUAAUUUUUUGUUUUAUUAUGAUACACUUGGGCUUCCGGCGUUUUUAAAAGAUGGCUUUUUUUAUCCACAGACAUAUCCUGAACGAGAAGAUUAGAUGGGAAACUGUGCAUAUGAAUCGAGAGAAAAGGACAAGCAUUUGCCGCGGUCUCAAACAUAAAAUAUGCUCACUAUACUACUUUCGCAAUGCGGACAAACGUAUCUUUUCAAAUAAUAAA